AUGAGCUCCUCCCAACCUUCAUCAUCAUCUCCAGGCAGUCUACUGCCCCUCCCGCCCGGUCUGCCACGUAACGAUCCACCGCCACCACCAAAUAAUGGACAUGCGCCCAGAGAACCAUCGGCUCAACUAUCGGCCCUCGAGCUCAAGCUAUAUCCACCACUCGCCGAGUUCAUCGGCUUCGGUGGUGCAUCGAAGCAUGUUGUGACAAAUUGCGGCUCGCAUCGAUUAGUGUUCAAGGUGAAAUGCAGCAACAAUGCCUUGUUCAAGGUGGCGCCAGUAUUUGCUUUUUUGGAUCCAGGGAUGAGCGUCGAUCUUCAGGUUGUACGAUUGGAAGGACCAAUUCGUAAAGACAAACUUUUAAUUAUGUUUAAAGAGGCUAAGCCCGGUGAACGCGAUGCAAAACGCGCUUUUGAAGCUGAAGGCGUCACAGGGAAAACUAUCCUACCAUUAAUUACGAAGAACAUGGGCUCAGAAUCCGCUGCCAACAAUCUACUCAUUUUUGCUCGAUCUAUCACUGAUAGCUGU